GUUGAGGUAAGUGAGAAUUUUUUAAGUUUUUUUUAAUCAAAGUAUUUAUUUGCUGUUUAAAUAAAAAAAAAACUUUAACCAUACACGGCUAAUAAGACUUAUGUUUCUUGUGUGCUGAAAGACUUUGUAAAAGACUGCGCAUUGACGUAAGUCAAAUGUUUAAUUAUUAUUAAAAUACUACUUUAAUUAAUUGUAGUUGUUUGAAUGCCAAGUGUUAUCCACUUGUGUUGUAAGAUAAAUGAGACUGAAGUUUUAUAUGUAAUGUUUUGUUGUUUUUACAGAUGCCACGGCCAAAGAAGAGGUCUGCAAUAGCGAAGAGGCUAUAUGCAGAACGAUGUGUGACAGAGGCUGCACCGCUUCCUCUUAAAACAAGUCAAGCAGAGGCUGCACAGCUCCCUCUUAAAAUAAGUAGAGCCGAGGUAUCGCCACUUCCUCGUAAAACUAAGGUAGACUUGUCAGGAAUUGCUGGCAAGUGCCAUUGUGCAAAACCCCAGCAGGUUCCACUCCGUCCUGCAAUAAAACGGGUAGAGGCUGCACCGCUCCCUCUUAAAACAAGUGUAGCCGAGGUUUUGCCGCUUCCUCGUAAAAAAAUGGUAGGUUUGCCUGAUGCAGGCAAGCUGUGGAAAACUAUGGAAAACAAAGGUAAAACUAUGGAAAACCAAUGCAAAACCAAAUCAAUAAACCAUCCAAACCCAAUGAACUCUGAAUCAAACUGUGAAAUUUCCAAAAAUGUACAUGAAAUUGCUUUGAAAGCUUUACCUGCAAGUGUUGAAUUUCCACAGAAACCAGUGCUAAAAGGUUCCUUUCAUCAAGGUGAUGCCCGUUUUGGAGAUUCACGCAACAGACAGUGUGGUGCUGUCAGUCUAACAGCAGUGUUGACAAGCAAGAUGAAGAAUGUGCUGACCUGGUCAACACGAGAUCUUGAUGGUGUUUUGGUGGCAGGAACACAGCUUUAUGAAACUUUACGAAACCAGGGUAACAUAAAUGACCAGGAAGCCAUGGGUAGGCAUUACAUUGCAGUCCAUGAAUUACCAAGGAGACAUGUGCUGGGUAAUACAGUCUUUUACAUUGAGUACACAGAUUCUCUGACCGGAUUGGUAAAUGUUGAUGUUUACGAUGAAGCAGUUAGCAGUGUGGUUAUGCCACUUGAUGUAGCUCUUCAGCAAACUCUACUGAGUGCUGAUGCCUUUCUUUUGACUAUAUCUGCCAACACGUGUGCGGUCAUUAAGCAGGGAUCAUGGUAUGCUUUUGUUGAUUCUCAUGCUGUCAAAACAGAGACAAGUUACGUUGCUUAUCACAGCAGUAUACAAUCCUUGUACAACUACAUUAACGAGAUUGCAAUGUCAUUUGGUGUAAAUGAGCCACUAUUUGAGAUAACCGGAGUUAUGGUUCAUACAGAUGCUGAUGACUCUCAGUUGCUGGAAGCAGAUAACAGCAGUCUUCCUUGUUCUUCCAGUAAGGUGCUUUACAGUGAAAUUGUACCCAAGGUAUGUGAAUCUGUGAUGACGGAGGUUAGAACAUCUGACUUUUCAUUACCUGAUGCUGUAGUUCCAAAUGCAAAAAGUAAGAACCUUCCAAUACAUACAGACCAAACUGUGUUCCAAAGUAAAGGGAAAAAGGCAAAAAGAAAGCAGUUUGAUUUCCCAGAUAAACAGUUGUCAAAAUGCAAUGUUGAAAAUGUUGUAACUGAUGACAUUAUUAUUACUGACAUUACUAUUCCAGACAUAUUAUUUUGUCCUUUGACUCAUGAAGAUCAGCAAGCUUUAUGUAAAGUUGUACUUCUGACAAAUGAUAACAGUGACCAUAAUGUUGUUAUAAACUUUGGUCCAAUUGCAGGUCCGUGUCAGACUAAGAGUAUAAAAGCAGAUGGCAAUUGUUUUUUUAGAUCACUGGCACAUGUGAUAUGUGGAAGCGAAGAGAAACAUUUGAAAAUUCGCCGUGCAGUUGUCAAACAUCUGAAAACGAAUGGUCCGAUGUUUCAGAGGUAUGUCAGAAGUGAGUAUGCUUCAAAAGAUGACUAUUUGACACAAUCUAGAAUCUUUUAUUCUGGGUCAUGGGUCACUGAAAUUGAUAUAUUUGCCGCUUCUGAUCUGUUUAAAACCACCAUAAUGACAUUUAAUGAUGGCAGAUGGAGUGCUCAUAACCCUAGUAGAGAGGUAUUGACACACAAUGCAAUUUAUUUGAACAACUGUAACAAUAAUCAUUAUGAAGUUGUGAUAUGUGUUAAGCACAGAGAUCAAGAUUAUGUUUGUGCUGGAGCAUGUGACAAUGGAACAUCAAAUGAGAUGAUAAGUAAGCCAUGUUUGCGAAAAAGAAAGGUAAGUGAUGCUACAGAAUCUUCUGCAAACAAGAGACACAGGAAGAGAUACUCAAACAAUAGUGAGUACAGACAAAAAAACUGA